AUGACGAAUGAUACGAAACAAUGUAUUACAUGUAAUAAUAGUAUUGGUGUUAUGACAUGUAAUGGAUGUCAACAAAUAUUUUGUGGUAAACAUUCACUUGAACAUCGACAUCAAUUAGCUAAUCAAUUAGAUAGUAUUAUGCGUGAACAUAGUUCACUUCAACGAGAAUUUGAACGAUCAUCUAAAGAACAUAAUUUAUUUAAAAAAAUUGAUAUAUGGGAAAGAGAAGCAGUUACAAAAGUUCACAUAGCUGCAGAAACUGCUCGAUAUGAUCUACAACAAAUGAUUGAUAAAUCCAGAGAUCCAAUUUCAAAAACAUAUCGCGAUAUUGCGAUGAAUCUUCGUUCAUCACGUGAAGCUGAUGAUUAUUCCGAAAAUGAAUUAAAUCGUUGGAUGAAUCAAUUAAAACAACUUAAAUCAGAAGUAACAUUACCAUUACAAGUUACAUUAGUCGAAGAGGAAUGGUCUAUUAUUAAAUUAAUUAAAAUUAAACAUAGUGAUACAGAAAAAAAUAUUCCUGUUUCAAUUUCACAGGAUCGAUUUUCCAAAGUAAUUGGUAGUGUUACACUUGAUAAUGAUGGUCUUCUUGCUAAACAUACAAGUAACGAUUGGAAUUAUGAAUAUGUUCUUGGUGAACAACAUUAUUCCGAAGGUCGGCAUACAAUAUUAUUGAAAAUUGAACAAUCUGGUAUACCAUAUAAUAUAUUUUUUGGUUGUAUUUCAUCGGAAGCAAUUCAAAAACGAAUUUCUAUUAAUUCACAAUUUACAGUUGGAUGGUUUGGUUUCAAUCAAACUUAUCAACAUGGUAUUCGUAAUGGUAAUCCGACUUCACAUGGUUAUAAUAGUAAUACUAUAGCAACAAAUGAUGUAUUAUAUAUGACAUUUGAUUGUGAUAAAAAACAAAUUGAAUUAUUUCAUGAAGAUACAAAUAAAAGACAUAUACUUACUGUUAAUACUGAUAAAGCACCAUUACCUUGGCAAUUAUUAAUGAUGUUAACUGAUAAAGAUGAUUGUGUUAGAAUUCUUUCACCACCUAAAUUACAUUCUAUGAACAAAAUACAAACGGAUUCAUCGAUAGAACGAAAGACAUGA